UCUUUUUAAAAGGUCGAAAGUUUUCUCUUUCUUUUUUAAUCCUUUUUAUAAUAAAAUUGUUUUUUUUGUCCCUUUCAAGUGUCCAAAAUUGAAUUUUACUUUUAUUUUAUUUUUCCUUUACUAAACCUUUUUCUCUUUAAGGUUGAUGCUUUUACUAAAAAAUAAAUGCACAGUUCAUCUUCAACAAAUUCCAACAAAACUUACCGGAGAGAAUGGCCAACACAUUCAUCCUCAACCCUUCGGUCAAACACCUCGACUUCUUUAUUUUUUUACUACAAUGGAGGACAAAGGAGAAGGUCUAGGCCGUUUACUUAUGGUUUUGGUGUUGGCGGGGGAAGAAAACGCAAAGGAUUGGAAAAGUAAAUUUUAUUUAUUUUU